UAUCAUGGGGUUACAAAGAGAAACUGUUUUGUGAUCGAGAAAGGAAGAUUUGCCCUUAUUCUAAGGCUGAUCUUCUCACAAAACAUUUGCCUUUAUUAAACACCAUACGACGUCGUUAACAUCUUACCAUAAACGUGACCUCGGUAUGUUUGAGAUUCUUUUCUUAUAAGAUAAUGUUGCUUUUUUCGAAAGACUUGUGAAAUAUUUUAUGAAGAUGUAUAUUAUAGACGUUGCUUCAUCUUCUUCAUCUUCUUCUCUUCCAUUUUUACCCUUAACCAGACCUCAUAUUUACACCUCCAUACCCUUCUUCACCAUUCCUGAAUCAAAACAACGCAAUAUUCUCAUCUUCACAGUCUCUGCUUCUUCAUCUUCUUCUUCCUCUUUAUCUUCACAUUACACACAAACCAAUAAAAACGUAUGGAGAAAACAACCGGAGAACUCAACAUUGUUGAGGAAACAUCGGAGGUACCAAAGAUCUUCCUUUCUCGAUCACAAAGUCGACAUGGACGACCUUCUAGCUUCGAUUCACCAGACCCAGAACGAACAAGAGCUUUUUUCUCUGCUUUCUUCUUACAAAGACAGACAAUUGUCUAUACGGUUCAUGGUUUCGCUUCUCUCCCGGGAAAAAGACUGGCAGAGAUCACUUGCGUUGCUCGAUUGGGUUCACGAGGAAGCCAAGUACACACCUUCUGUUUUCGCCUACAACGUCGUGCUUCGAAACGUGCUAAGAGCUAAGCAAUUCGAUAUCGCACACGGACUGUUCGACGAAAUGCGUCAGAGAGCUCUUGCGCCUGAUAGGUAUACUUAUUCGACGCUAAUUACUUCGUUUGGUAAAGAAGGUAUGUUCGAUUCGGCUUUGUCUUGGCUUCAGAAGAUGGAGCAAGACCGUGUUUCAGGUGAUCUUGUUCUGUACAGCAACCUCAUCGAGCUCUCUAGGAGGCUCUGUGAUUACUCAAAGGCUAUCUCGAUUUUCUCGAGGUUGAAGAAAUCCGGUAUUACUCCUGAUCUCGUCGCGUAUAACUCGAUGAUCAAUGUCUAUGGAAAGGCUAAAUUGUUCAGAGAGGCGCGUUUGCUGAUAAAAGAGAUGAAGGAAGCUGGUGUGGAACCAAACACAGUUAGUUACUCAACUCUUUUGAGUGUUUACGUCGAGAACCAGAAGUUCUUGGAAGCUUUAUCGGUUUUUGCAGAGAUGAAAGAGGUGAAUUGCCCGUUGGAUCUCACGACUUGCAAUGUGAUGAUCGAUGUUUAUGGUCAGCUUGACAUGGUGAAAGAAGCUGAUAGGUUGUUUUGGAGUAUGAGGAAAAUGGAUAUCGAGCCAAAUGUUGUUAGCUACAACACUAUCCUACGCGUUUACGGUGAGGCCGAUCUUAUUGGUGAAGCCAUUCAUCUUUUCAGGUUGAUGCAGAGGAAAGACAUUGAGCAGAACGUUGUCACUUACAACACGAUGAUUAAGAUGUACGGGAAAACUCUGGAGCACGAAAAGGCCACGAAUCUUGUUCAAGAGAUGCAGAGCAGAGGAAUCGAGCCUAACGCCAUUACCUACUCGACGAUUAUAUCAAUAUGGGGAAAAGCUGGGAAAUUGGACCGAGCUGCGACUCUGUUUCAGAAGCUGAGGAGGUCCGGUGUGGAAAUAGACCAAGUUCUGUAUCAGACAAUGAUUGUAGCUUAUGAAAGAGUUGGUCUAAUGGGUCAUGCUAAGCGUCUGCUUCAAGAACUAAAGCAACCUGAUAACAUCCCUAGGGAAACAGCUAUCACGAUUCUUGCUAAAGCAGGAAGGAUUGAAGAGGCGACAUGGGUUUUCCGGCAAGCUUUUGAAUCCGGGGAGGUCAAAGACAUAACUGUGUUUGGCUGUAUGAUCAGUCUUUACUCGAGAAACCAGAGGUACGUUAAUGUCAUCGAAGUGUUUGAGAAGAUGAGAAGCGCUGGUUACUUUCCUGAUUCAAACGCCAUAGCAAUAGUGUUGAACGCGUACGGGAAACAAAGAGAGUUUGAGAAAGCGGAUACGGUUUACAGAGAGAUGCAAGAGGAAGGAUGUGUUUUCCCUGAUGAAGUUCAUUUCCAAAUGCUGAGUCUUUACUCGUCGAAGAAAGACUUUGAGAUGGUUGAAUCGUUGUUUGAGAGAUUGGAAUCUGAUCCUAAUGUCAAUAGCAAGGAGUUGCAUUUGGUUGUGGCGGCUUUGUAUGAGAGAGCAGAUAGACUAAACGAUGCUUCAAGAGUCAUGAAUCGAAUGAGAGAACGAGGCAUUCUAAAGCCGUUUUCUGGAUGAAACAUGUCUUAUGAUUCUUGUGCCUAUCUUUGAGUAAACUAUCAAUAUCAUCUUCUUUAGUUUUAUACAGUUGU